AGCAAACAUUAGGUCUAUCUCAUGCAAGUAUGUAGUCUAGAUAUGCAAGAAACUGUGUCAGGUAUCUUUAUAUCGUUAGUUAUAUUGAACCCAAUGCAUCAGUUUAAGCGGGUUGACAUUGUCUAUUUGUGAACAGAGAUUCAUUGAGGAUUAAAAAAACUGAACGGAUAAAUUGUUUGUAGUUGCUAGCGAAGGACAGACUUACGAUACAGGCGGCCAACAUGGGUGAACGUUCAAAGUUAAAGUUAGAGGACAUACCAUGCAUGAAUCUAGGACAAUUUGUGUUAGAUCACAUGAGGAGACACAACAGGCAAUCUAUUGCAAUGGUUGAUGCUGAUACUGACAGAAAUAUAACUUAUGAGGACCUUAUAUAUCGGACAGAACGCGCGGCGUCGGGAUUGCAGACGUUCGGUGUCCGAAAAGAUGACGUCAUAUGUGUAGUCUCACCAAACCAUACAGACUACAUGGUGGCUUUCUAUGCUACUGCACUUUUAACGGCUACAUUCCAACCUGUAAAUCCACUGUAUACUCGAGGUAUUGCUAGUUUAAAUUUUCAAACUGUAUUGCAGCAUUGA